AUGGUGGGUCAGAGGAAAAUACCCAUCAAGAUUGGGGUUGGUGACGUCCUCUGGUCUAACGUUACAAUUCAUAAACAAAUCCUCGACACGGUCUCCGAGUUCGCCCGGCCUGAGAAAGGAGACGUCGUUUGGGAUCUCUGGGCUGGCAAUGGGGUGACGUCCUUGACGCUUGCAGGGAAGUGCAGGCAUAUAGUGGCUAUCGAUGCUUCUCGAACCCGUGUCAAUGGUUUGAAGGAAAACCUAAAAUUGAAUCCUGAAUUAGCUGCAAAUGUGACCCCAGUUUUGGCCAACAUCUACCGUGAGGAGACUCUUGUGUGA